ACAGAGCACUGCAAAGCACCACAGCUUGGAAGCUUGAGCUUCUUUUUUUUUUCUUCUCUCCAAAAAGUUUUCAGGAAGUCUGGGGGAGGGGCAAUACCGUUUCUUUUUUGUUAUAAUGGGCCCCUUUGUGGAGAUGGGAGAGGAAAGAGCUGCGUGCCUGCGUUGUGCAGGCUUUGCCGUGAUUCCCAGGGCAGCUUCUCUGUGCUCCUAACAGGCACUGGGCCUGCGUGUGGGGAGAGUGGAGAGGGACUGGGCCGGGAUGGAGCUGAUGGUUCUGCUCAACGCUCUUGUUACUCGCCUGCUGUUCGUGUUGCACUCCCUCAUCGGGGUCUGGAGAGUGACUGAAGUGAAGAAAGAACCCAAGUACUGGCUGCUGGCACUGCUCAAUCUUCUGCUUUGCCUGGAGACAGGGCUCACGCUCAAGUUUAAGCAAGGCAGAGGCUACAAAUGGUUUUCUCCAGCAAUCUUUUUGUAUCUGAUUUGCAUAGUACCAUCAUUAUGGCUACUGGAAAUUCACCAUGGGACACAGUAUUGCAGUAAUGAGCCUGAAGCUGUUCAGUUGAAUGUCACCAAUCAAGAUAUCAGUCAGUCUCCAGAGAUCAGUGAGGGAAGCGAGAGAAUAGAUCACCACAUCAUUCGGACGGCUAAAGUCUUUGUGAAUCAGCUCUCCACAAUCUGUGAGACUGUAUGGACCCUGGCUCUCCACCAGACCUUUCUACUACUUCUAGUAGUUGGGAGAUGGCUUCUCCCCAUUGGGGUUGAAAUCACCAGGGACCAGUUGUCCCAGCUGCUUCUCAUGUUUGUAGGAACAGCAGCAGAUAUACUUGAAUUUGCUAGUGAAACCCUGGACAUUGAGGAUGUGCGGAAGAAUUAUAUUCUCAUAAAUGCAAUUCUCGCUGUAUGGACCUGGAGUAUGUUACAGUUUCCACUUGAUCUUGCAGUACAGCAUAUUGGCUGCAAACCAACUGCAUCGAGCAGGCAGAUCCCUAGCCUGCUGCUGUGCAGGUAUAGCGCAGAGCUGUGGAACAUCGGGGUGAGCUUGUUCAUACAGGAUGGUCCCUUCUUCAUUGUGCGUUCAAUCCUGAUGGGCCAUUUUCGAAUAUUCAACCAGAUGCUGGUGUUUUUUACAGCUAAGAAUAUCUUAGUUGUGAUCCUACAACUGUAUCGCUUGGCAGUGAUAACGUUAGACUUUCGCACUACUAUUCUGCAAAAGAGCAGGAAGGGAGAAGUUGGCUGUUGCCCAUGUGAGCCUUACGAAGCCACUACUCAUGGUACUGCUGAGCAGGUCGCCGAAAUGAAAGAGUGUGUUGCUUUACCACUGAAAGAGGAACCCCAGUCUCCGUUGGAAGAGCAGUAAGCACCGUGACUGACUCAAGACCAGUUUCAGCUGGUUCAGAAGGGCCUAUUUGUAUGGUGAAACUCACUUUGAGCACAACUCAUCUCUUCCACUAAGAGAUUAAUAAUUUCUCCUAAACUGUAGGGGAAACUUCUGAAGAAAAAAAAAAAAUCAUAGAAGUGGGACAUUUUGUAUCCCAUUGGAUUGUGUGGGUUUUUGACCAGUUCCCUACUAUAUUAUUUGCAGGGAUUUUGUAGUCAUAGUUGGUAGUAACAAGAAAGGUUUGGCACACUAACAAAGUUGAUUAUAACCUUUGGUGGCACUUUGCUAAUGUAUGUACUUGCCUGUAUUCAGAUAGAAGGAUAAGCCUAUCCCAAUGGAACAGAGGAAGCAUAGAAGCGUUUAGCCCUACUUUAGUGUUUGGGCUACAGCUGAGAUGAAUGUUAUGAUCACUGUGCAUAGCAGCAGCUACAGCAGCAACAACUGCAGAUAUUCAAGGGAAUGGGCAUAACAAAUUCCUCCUGUUACCAUGACAUCUAAACACUGUUCAUUCAGAAAAGUUAGGAAAAGCAUCACUGAGUGGCUACCCCAUUUCUGGCUAGAUUUUCAGUAUAAAAACUACAAAACACCAUGAAAUGCCACAAAAAAAAGACUGUCUUUUAGGAUCUGCAUAGUCUGAAUAAUCUAAACUUUACAAAUAAAUAGACAUAUUAAAAACAUGGGAAAAUGCCCAAAGACCUGUUUGUCACCUAGUCAUUUUCUACAGAGGUACUUGCCUUUAUAUUUCUACCAGUCAGAACACAUACAAGAAAAUUUAUAUUAUAUAUAUAUAUAUAUCUAUAACAAAUUUGUAAUUUUGUAAUUUUUAUUUCCUGCUACAUUGCGUUAGAAGUUGAGGGCAGAUUUUAAGCGUUGUCAUUUUAUAGUAUUUUAUUAUUUUUAAGUGUCCUGACUCAGGUGUACAAUCUAAUAAGAAAGAAAAUUGUCCUGUCAAAUGUGAGCAGUGCCAUCUAGACAAAAGAAUUCUGACUUGAGCUUCAAAUUUCAUGAAGCACCACUAAAUACCAUGGAAUCAUUUGGCCUAUUUAGUGUCAAGGUCUUUUUUUUUUUUUUUUUUUUUUUAAAAAAAAAAAAAAAGGCUUUUUGUCAUGCAUUUACUUCUGUGUUUGGGGUGAAUAGCAUGAGAUGUGAUUCAUUUCUUCCAGGAACACUUUACAUCAAUUUAAGACCAAUGACCCUGCUGGGCUUAGCUCAAAAGAUAAGUAAGUUUUGAAAAUCCAUCCCAGAAUCAUAUGCUCACUCAAAAUGGCAUUUCUACAGACUUCUGCAUCCACUUUUAAUGAGAUCAGAAAAGCAUGUUAAGAAGAAAAAUCUCACAAACAGGAAGUGACCUAAUUAAGGUAAUUUCCUAUAUUAAGCAGCCCCAGUUUUACCGAGGACUUCAGCUAUCUAAAAACAAAGAAUCUGUUUAGGAAUGCAUUAAAGUCUUCCUUCCGCCACCACAGCAGUCAUAUGCUUAUUAGACUAAUAAGCAGCGACAUAUUUAUCCCCUGAAAGAUGUACUCAUUUAACAACGAACAUAUUUUAAAAUUUCCCAAACACGCAAACCUGUGUUUGAAUUUGUGAGCUGUUAAACAUUGUGAUCUGUUUCAUGUAGGAUCAGGCCCCUUCACUAGGACAGAACAAAAUACAUAGCCAUUAAGAAACAAGUCUUACACACUCACAGCCCUUUCUACCACUUGUACCUUAGUAAUAACAUGCAACACAUCCUGCUCUUCUCACUUUGAGCUUCUGUCCAGCAGAAUGAAAAAAGUCAGUUACCAUUUGCAGUGCUGUUGUAAAGUUGAAAUAUUUAGAGUUGAAUGCAACUUUUGUAGGCAAAGAAGCUAAAGUGCUGCUGCUGACCCACUGUUGUGUUGUCUAAAGCCUUUCACACCAAGGUGCAUUUAGAAUCAGCUGGUAGCACUGUUAACAUCUCUUCUUUGUUGAUGCAAGCCAGAUCUACUCACAUUCAUUGAGUUCACCACUUGCUGAUGUAAUAAUUUACCCUGUUAAAAGGAUCCUUGCUAGUUAAUUUGAUCUUCCUAGAACAUCAUUUGAAAUUCACCAGCAAAAAAAUUGCAAGUACUGGCUACCUAUUUAAGGACUUAGUUCAACAACAAGCUGCCUACCAGGCUCAGCCUGCAGCAAAUGCAAGAUUCCCUGGAGACAGCAAUAUAAAGACUAGUCACAGCAGGAGUAUUAUACAAGGAACUGUAUUUCCUAGUCUUCAGGCUGUUUCAUUUUAAGCAGCAGUAAAGCUCUUAAUCAGACUUACUUUGAGAAUAACUCACUGCAAUGCUAGGUUCAUUACUAGAUUCCAUUGUUAUUCAGACAAAUACAAAAUAGACUAGAUCCACACCCUCAUGCUUAGGACAGAACACGUUUGGACUUCCUUUUUCCUUCUCACCACUAUGGGCAAAGACAGAUCACUUAAAAGCAAGGGAAAGAAAGAAAAACAAAGCACUUAAGUGGCAGACAGCCCACCCUCCUGCCUGUGCAGAGAGGGGAAAUUGCAUUUGCUGGGUAGCAACAGCAAUGACUGACAGAGUGCAUUUCUAAUUCAUUGAGAAGACUGGAUAGCAAUUAAAAAGUCUAGUGAUUUGUAUGGUCGGUCACAGCAGCAAAUCCCAGUGGGAAAUCAUCUUCAUUUUCCUCUUGCAAAUUUCUUGAGAAAGAUGACAACAGAGCUGUUUUGCAGCAGGUUGAGUUUUGCAGCAUGGCAUUGUACUGGUGCCUUUCAGAGUGCCACGCUAUGCAAGUAAGUGGUAGAAUGCAUUCUCUUGAAGAUCUGACAACUGGUGUCAUGCUUGUUAUCCAGAAAAUGCUGCAGUAAACUGUCAGAAUUGGGAAAAUUCAACCCUUCUAAGUAGGAGGAUUUCAGAACUAUUUUAACUGUUAUCUCCUGAGUCAGGAGAAUCACAUUCCUAAAUCUCUUCAGCAAACAGAUAUCUAGCUCUUACAGUUAUUUAUUCUCGUUGUUUCUGCUUUGUCCUUCUAGAUUAUUCUAUGUAGGUUGCUCCAAAAGUAUCUCUAUUUAUGUCCAUGAAAACUACAACAAAUGCAAAGUGUACCACAACACUAUUUGACAGCACACUCUACAAAACACUAUUUGUUAAUAUGGUCCCCAUCAGUAGCUGUGCAUCUGCACCAGUGAUGAACCAGAGCUGCAUGCUGUGCCUGUAGAAAUUUGCACCAGCAGAGGAGACACACUGUCACUGUUGCCACUGCUGAAAUUCACCACUGCCACCUCAUCGUGCUCACAUCCACAUCCACAAAUAAAUAAAUCAAAAGCAACAAUAACCAUUAUUUUAUUUCAUUUUUGCUGGUAUUUUAACUGUACUGUAUUUUCUGGUACUGUGUGAAAAUAGAAGAAAACGUUCAAUUACUUCUUAAAAACUCCAACUUUAUCUUGAAAAUAAAAGGCAGUUACCUCAGGCAUAGUUGCCAAUUUAUUGUGUGUGAACUGAACGUUAUAUGUUUCAAUUAAUUAUAUUUUCCACACGCUGCUUUUCUUUCCCAUCGUUAAGUUAAUUACUUAGGCCAGAAUCUGACUGCAGUCAUUGCUUUGAAAGCCCACAGUUAACUGCAGUAAAUUCUUCCCUACUUUGGAUAGAUGUCUUGACUCAGAAAGACCCUUUGCUUCCAAACACGCAAAUCACAGGGUAAUC